CAAACUGCGCAAAGCUGAGAAAUAAAAGGAAAAAGAAGAUCUAUUCUUUCCAUUUAACCUUCUUGCAAAAUGCAACCUCCAAGUUACGAUUACGUCGCUCAUGUCACAAACUCUCAUGACGCCGGCUUAUACCAUAAUGCCUCGGGCGACUCAUUUGACCGAGCAGAAGCUUUCAUCCAUGAUAAUUUGUGGGCUAUCGAUCAGUCGCCCCCAGAAACGCUAUGUCGCGAUCUAUUGAACGGUGGUUUGGUGCAGUAUCAAAAUCUGGACCUUUCGCAAUCAGCCAAAGAUUUGGUACUUGUUGAACCGUCUAAUACUGCUACGUUUCAUCCUCGCCAACGUUCUCGCUUCAAUAAAUUUAUGGGUCGCUCAUCUGCCAGCACCGACUCAGAUGUCUGUAUCCAAGCACUGUAUCCAAUGCUGGGCACCGCGCAGUUGAAGAGUUUGGCCAAUCUGAAAACAAAAGCUGACUCGGAGCCUCCACAGUAUGGCGAUGAAGUCCACUACUUUGAAGUCACCAUAUUGGAAAAUGCCUCUGAUAUUACCAUGGCCAUCGGUUUGUGCACGCGACCGUAUCCGUCCUUCCGACUCCCAGGUUGGAAUAGGUACUCUGUUGGAUGGCAUUCAGAUGACGGUCGCAAAUUUUGUGAUGACCCUGAUGGUGGCCAAGACUUUUCGCAGCCGUGGGGCAAACCAGGAGAUGUCCUUGGAUGCGGUUGGGACAUCGAUCACGGCAGCGUUUGGUUCACUCUCAAUGGCAUAGUCGUCGGUACAGCUUAUUCAGAUAUUUCAAAACAUAUAUUCUUCCCUUCAUUUGGAGCAGAUGGUUUCUGCAAAGUCUCCUUCAACUUUGGCACAGCUCCCUUCAAAUACAAAUUUCUUCCAUUUCAAAAAUGGAUUGGAACAUAUUCAUGCCCAACAUAAUAAACGAUUGACCUC